UGAAUGGGCAGUUGUUUUCUGUUCAUUGCGAUGUAAAGAGGGAGUGCUGAAUGUUGCAAUAGAGUAUUGUCAGUUUACCGCCAGACAGCAGCAUCACUUUGAUGAUGUAGCCGAACAACAACAGCAAACUCGUCAAUUCUGAUUUGGGAUCAACGUGGCUCAAUUCAGAGCUCACUGAGCGCUUGCUUUGUCCGGGAUGUUAGCUCUGCCACAUGACACUUCGGAUGACUCUUGGAUAGUGCUCAGAGGAAUUUAGCCUAGAGUUCAUCACCGUUUUUGUAAUGCUUUUCUUUUACAACUAAUAUUACCAUCAGAAGCGUUGCUGAUCUUGACCGUGCCAAUUAUUUUGCUAAUGGGUCGUUUUAGUGGCUGUUCUCUCGUGAUUUCAGUGAGAAGAUGACUGCGUUUACUUUGCUCUGCUCGGUCGUGUGAUUGCAGUGGCAUAGCGCACGCUCACAUUCAACGCUGGACUGAGAGCAUAGCUGUUCUCUUCAAAUAUAACGAUUGUUUUGUUUUUAUCAGUCUCGUGCUUAUCGUUGAUGACAAUUGCCUAGCGCUGUCAUACGUUUGAGUUGCCAUAGACCGCCAACAGACACAGAACCUGAACGUCGUUUCAACUUCUGGUCGUUUCUUUGACAACUGUCUUGACGGAGGAAGAAUAUGUUGAUGAAGGAAUAUAGAAUAUGUAUGCCGCUCACUGUGGAAGAGUACAGGAUUGGUCAGCUGUAUAUGAUCAGCAAGCACAGCCAUGAGCAGAGUGAGCGUGGAGAAGGAGUGGAGGUGGUGCAGAAUGAACCCUACGAGGACCCCACACAUGGACAGGGACAGUUCACAGAAAAACGGGUCUACCUCAACAAUAAGCUCCCUAGCUGGGCCAGGGCAGUGGUCCCUAAAAUCUUCUAUGUGACAGAGAAGGCCUGGAACUACUACCCCUACACCAUCACAGAGUACACUUGUUCCUUUCUGCCAAAGUUCUCCAUUCACAUAGAGACCAAGUAUGAGGACAACAAAGGCAGCAAUGACAAUAUCUUUGACAGCGAGCCCAAAGGGGAGGAGGAGAUAGAGGUGUGCUUAGUGGAUAUCGCCUACGACGAGAUCCCAGAGCGCUACUACAAGGAGUCUGAGGACUUGCGGUACUUUAAAUCAGAGAAGACAGACCGGGGUGUUCUACAGGAGGGCUGGAUCGACAACCAGGAACCCAUCAUGUGCUCCUACAAACUGGUGACAGUCAAGUUCGAGGUGUGGGGUCUUCAGACACGGGUGGAGCAGUUUGUACACAAGGUUAUCCGUGAUGUCCUGCUCCUAGGACACAGACAAGCCUUUGCCUGGGUGGAUGAGUGGAUUGAAAUGACCAUGGACGAGGUGAGAGAGUACGAGCGGGCCACCCAGGAGGCCACCAACCGUAAGAUCGGCCCCUUCCCCCCAUCCAUCUCCAUCACCGAGACCCUGGCCUCGGUGGCCCGCAACGGGCCCUCCAGCGCCCCCUCCACCCCCCUCUCCACGGAGCCUCCAGAGUACCUCUCCGUGCCCAAGGACCGGCCCAGGAAGAAGUCGGCCCCAGAGACCUUGACCCUCCCCGACCCCAAUCGCAGGGACUCAGGCUUCAGGCUGGCUAGCAUCUUCUCCUGGGGCUCAACCCCUAGCCCCCAGCCUGAAUAAGAGGGGGACCCAUAGGUGUGCUAUACACCUAUCUACAUUCAGGGGGUGGCUAUGUACAUCCAUUUUGUCCCCUAGACAACGUAUGUAAAAGGGAGUGUUGUUCACAGACCUCCUGUAACUUGGUGGUGUGGUAACCGCCUCUCCACAGACAGUUGCUGGUAUCACCCUGAAGCCAACCACUGUCACCAACUAACUGUGUCUUGGUCUGCUUUUGCAGAGAGAUAGUCAGAGAAAGCUCAUGUGGAGGUCAAUUAUAGUCUGAUUUAAUUUAGUUCACAUUCCUCUGAAUACUUUGUGCUUCUCUUCAGCGUCUCAGUCCUCUUUCAUCUCAGUUGAUACUGUAUCUCAGGGUUUGUUACCUAGAUACACAGAGAUCUGAUGAGUAGACUCUUCAGUCAACACACUCAAUCUUUCUGCAUAUGGAUAUAAAUGUGUGGGAUGAUCAAACUCAUUUCCUCCUUCUUUCUCCUUGCAGUCAAGCCCUCUUAUUGGUUGGCAAUUGACGCCAUGUAAUUUCAGAUGGAAUUGUGUGUUGGUUGUUAUUCAUGGUUUGUUGUAGGUCGCUGUGAACAGUUAGAGUAAAACGGUGGAUUUCAGGAGAGUGUUAUUUUAUCCUGUGUUUUGUUUUGUAAAUAUGUAUAUUAAAGAGUCAUCUAUUGUAAAAAUGCUGAAUUCAUUGAUGUCUUUCAGUGCUAUGGAAUUGCUGUAAUCUGUGUAUUGGAGAGAGAAAAGAGGUCUGUGUAGAGCUCUAAAGUGGAGGCGUUCUCUUUCUAAAUCUGAAUUCUGUUGCUAUAGUUUUGUUGGCCAUGGUGUCCUUUAAAAGACAUAUAUAAAAAUGCAUGGUUUGAAUAUCCAGCCUCUGCUUUUCUUUUAAACUGGGGAGAAAAUGUACCUUUGAAAUGGCUGUCUUCUAUACAGUCUGGUGCUUUUCCUUUGUUUGUUACAGACUACGACAGGACAAAACAUGUCUGAUCAAUGUUGUGAUUUGGCUUGUAGGGAUGAUUUAAGUCAUGAAUUUGCAAUCAUGUUGUUGUGUUUUAUAUCAAAUCAAUAAAUUAAAUAUUGCUCAAACAGCUGGUGUCAUUCAUAUAAACGAAAUGACAAUAAAUGGGGGAAUUGUGA